CCUGCUGCGUGAGGCGUGCUACCUGGCGGCUUGCCGCGGCCACCCCUCCGUCGUCGGCUUGCACGGGACCCCCGCACCGGGCAGUGCAGCCUCGUCCUGGAGCACGGUCUGCGUGAUCGCUGUGGGCCGUUCUCGGAGGAGGAGAAGCGCCACGUCAUGCGGCAGGGCGGCGCCGGGAGAAUGCACGAGAGCGGCAUCGUCCACAGGGACAUCAAGCCCGGGAACAUCCUCGUCGGCGGCGAGGGCGUGGUGAAGAUAUGUGAACUCGGUCUGGCCAUUUCCAUGGCGAGCGCGACGCCGCCGCGCCGUCAGGCCGGCACGCUCUGGUACAUGGCUCCCGAGAUGCUCCUGGGGAAGCCGGACUACGACGAGCUCGUGGACGCCUGGUCGCUCGGCUGCGUCAUGGCGGAGCUGUUCGCCGGCGAGCCAUUGUUCCCUGGCCACAGCGCGACCGACCAGCUCCUGAGAAUCUACCGCGUGCUCGGUGUUAGCCAUAAGCCAUGUGGCACGGGGCAGAAGCUGCUGGCCCACCGAGGCGGCAGCCGGCUUCGUGAGUUGUUCCCCGAGGAGAGCCCGUCGCGCGACGGCUUCGAGGUAUUAGAGGGGCUCCUCACGUGCAACCCCGGUGAGCGUCUGUCAGCGGGCCAUGGUUUGCUAGCACCGCCGACGUCCCAGCUUCAGCCGCGUAGGAUGCGUGCUCGACCACCAUUCUAUCUCAUCACUUGGGAAUGCAUUUCCAUUCCUCCAAUGUACAAAGAUGAUUUCUUUUGGGACUGUGUGUUCUUCUGGUGCCUGAAAAUAGAACUUGCAUCAGUCACUUCCAUCCAGACGGGUUAG